UACUCGUCAAGCGCUGUCAAAAACCGUCGGCGCGCGGCACAUCGCUCGUUUCGUCGAACAAUACAAACGGAACAAUUCAAAACGCACAUUGUGCUUACCAUUUUACACAUUUCUACCGAAUAAGUAAGUGUCGAAGCCAGUGCUAAUGCUGCGCAAAAAGUUAAAACUAGACGAGAAACCAUUGGACGCCUGUGACACGUGUGCGCCCCUUGGUGAAUUCUCGCUUUCCCAGUUUGCAAACGUUCCGAAGGCAAGGAUAACCGCCCAUACGGUUCCUACUGAAAGUGCCACAACUGAAUCGAAUAAAGCUAGUUCCGAGCCGUUACCUGCCCGGUGUACGGGAGCGGUUCCUUAUUGGCAACAAGUGUACCAUAUCGAACAGGAGUUAUCGGCAGCGCUGCGUAAAGUUACACUGCCGUCCGAUGUGGCCGCCUGCUAUGAUCCGAUCGAGUACGCUUCCGAGAUACAUUGCGCCUAUCUGCAACGUUUCCUCGAUGGUCCGAAGCCGAUUCUGUUUCUCGGCAUGAAUCCAGGACCUUGGGGCAUGUGCCAAACUGGGGUACCAUUUGGUUACGUUCCGGCCGUGCGGGAUUGGAUGGGAUUGCGAGGAACGGUAACGAAACCGAAACCGGAAUUAGCAGCCCGGCCGGUCGAAGGUUUGGCCUGUACGCGCGAGGAACAGAGUGGGAAACGCUGGUGGGGUUUGUACGAAGAGCUGUGCGGAACGUCGGAUGGUUUCUUCCGAUCUUGCUUCGUUUACAAUCUAUGUCCGCUAGCCUUUUUUCAUCAAACCGGUCGAAACAUAACGCCAAGCGAGCUGAAGGGCAAAGCAAAGGGAGAAAUUCAAUCGAUCUCGGAACAAUACCUAGCAAUCGCGCUUACGCUGCUUAAGCCGAAAAUUGUCAUAUCGGUUGGACGGUAUACGGAGGAUCGCAUAAAGUCGCUUACAAAACAGAACAAAAUUGACCCAACCAUCGCUACGUACUGUAUGCCACAUCCGAGCCCUCGCAGCUUGAACAACACAAAUUGGCCCGAGAAGGCCAAGCUUUGGCUUACCGAACACGGCAUUCUACCGUUUCUCAGUUCGUCGCAGAACGCAUAA